CGUGUCGGGUGACACACAGAGUCAAGUUAACGUCUCCGGUGACCGCAGGACGACACGCACAUAAUGUUACUCCAGUGUUUACGUCGAUAACGGAAGAUAAAGGAGCUUGUAAGUGUGUAGUCUAAUGGAGCGUUAUGAGUCUCUGGGUCUGGUCGGGGAAGGCAGUUACGGCACCGUGCUAAAGUGCCGUCAUCGAGACUCCGGCCGCCUUGUCGCCAUCAAGAAGUUCAUGGACUCAGACGAUGACAAGACGGUGAAGAAGAUCGCCCUGAGGGAGAUUAAGCUGCUCAGGCAACUACGUCAUGACAACCUGGUGAACCUUCUGGAAGUGUGGAAGCGUCGCCGCCGUUGGUAUCUGGUGUUUGAGUUUGUAGAGCGGACACUUCUUGAUGAUUUGGAGCAAAACUCGAAUGGACUGGACCUGAACACCAGCCGGCAGCACCUGUACCAGAUCCUGAGGGCCACCGCCUUCUGCCACCAGCAAAAUAUCAUCCACCGUGACAUCAAACCAGAGAACAUCCUCAUCUCUCAGGGGGGUGUGGUCAAGCUGUGCGACUUCGGAUUCGCCCGCACCAUGGCGUCACCUGCUGAAGGCGGCAUCUACACCGACUAUGUAGCCACUCGCUGGUACAGGGCCCCUGAACUACUGGUGGGAGACACCAAGUACGGCAAACCAGUAGAUGUUUGGGCUGUAGGUUGUUUGUUAAUAGAGAUGUUAACAGGCCAGCCUCUGUUUCCCGGAGACUCCGACCUCGACCAGAUAUACCACAUCGUCAGGUUCUUUGGUAACCUGACAGCUCAUCACCAGGAGUUAUUCUACAGGAAUCCUGUAUUUUCUGGAGUUAGACUGCCAGAAUGUCCCGGCAAAAUCCCACUGGAGCACCGCUUCCCUACAAUCACACCCACCGCCCUGGACCUAGCACAGGACUGUCUUCAGAUGGAUCCAGAUAGAAGAGCUCAGUGUUCAGAACUGCUAGAACAUCCUCUGUUCACACAUGACUCUUUCCAAAUCAGGUUUUUGGAUGAGCUGAAUGCUAAGAUCCAGAAAGACCACAGAGAGAACUCUACCCUGCCCAAAAUAACCAAGGCCCCAAGACGAGAAAGGGAUGAAGAGGAUGAGAGGAACCAGAGAGGCAAAGACAAGAAACAAUCGGAAGACCUGAAUGAGAAAGCCAUGAAGGAAAAGGAGCAGAGAGAGAAGAAGGAAGAGGAAAAGAUGGAGAAAACAAAAGGAAAGCAACCUUCAAAGCUGUCUAAAACAAUUCGGAACACCUCAGAACCCUUGAUGUCCACCAAACAAUCCAAAACUUUAGGGGCCAAGGUUAUUGAUAAUGCAGCAAAAACAGCUGUGACCAUGAAAAGUAAAUUGGUAAAAGCCACUGGUGCAGAGUUGAGGAAGGAACUUGAGAUUUCAAAAUCAACCAAAACCCUAAAAUCCAAUUCAUCAGAGGCUACCAAGAAUACAACAGAUCUAAAGGACAAUAACAUAGUGGCAGCUAAACCUAAACAUGGGAAUGUUACUUCUCCAGAGCCAAGGGAGGGUCAUUUGAAAAAUAUGGAUACAAAAGACAUAGACUCUAGUUGCUCAAACAAAGCUCUGUCAAUUGAUUACAUGAUGGUAGUAAAAUCAAAACCUUGGAGAUCUUCUCACUCAGAGUCAAGUCAAGAGUUUAGGAAGAGUUGGAACAACACAAACACAAAAGUACCCAAAAUGUCUAAAAGCUUGACCACUGAUGAUCCAAAUGGGAGUUCAUCUCCAAAAGCUUAUUUGGAAUCAUCUGUUGAUGGUACGGACACCAAUAUAACACUAAAAAGUGUGUCAAGCAAUGACCAUACUGCCCCAACUAUGUUUAAGGCACUCAACAUGACUUCUACCUCUGAGCAUCAGACAGAUCGAUUGACCAUGGACACAGAGCAAAGAAAGGCCUCUGACUGCCCAAAGGCGCUGUCCUCAAACCCCAAGCCAACUAAGACUACCUCGAAUUCUGGCACAAAAAUGUCCAAAAACAACACGUCUUCCUCCAAUAGCCUUUCAAAGACUCUGAACACGGAUCUCUUAACGCAGUUGUCCACAGUUCAUAUGGAGACACUAACAAAAGGAACCUCAAAUGCAAAGUUGUCCAAAACUAGCUCAACUUCAACUGCUAAACCUACAAAUAACAGCACAUGUGUAUCUAACAAACCUUUGAACCUUCCAACAGACAGGGAACAUACAGAAGUAUCGGAUGCAACCAAAAAUCAGCAGGAUAGUUGUAAUACUCCAAACAAGAACAUCAAGAAGGACGGAUGCUUGAAGAUGAGCCCAGCAACCAAAACACCUGAAAAUCAAAUUCGGAUAUCCCAUGCUGCAGGCAGAUAUUACAAGCAGGAUCCUGAAUCUUCUGAGCCCUCCAGCGUCCAUCAGCAGAGCACUUCCAAAUCUAAGAUCAUCACAGAAUCCAGAACAACCUCAACCUCCACACUGAAUGAAAUCCCUAAAACCAACACAUCAGUAGGGCCUACUAUUCUGAAAACAUUAAAAGUCUCAGAUAAAGAGAACAGAGAGGAUUUAGCGCUUUCCUUGUCCAUCAGUACAACAACUAAGUCUUCAAUUAAUCACGCCUCAAAGGUUUCUAGAAGUUCAAGUAACGAGCAAAAGAAUAAUAGCAGUGAAGCUGAACCCAACAUGAAAUUCCUGAAACCCCCUCACUCCAAAUCUUUGGUCAGGGAACCUAAAACAAAGCUUGGGACUUUUAGCAUUCACACUAGGUCAGUUACAAUGACCUCAAAGACUCUGAAAACGACAUUUCCUGCAGAGGCAAGCAAGAAAAGUGUCAAUCCAGAAAGGAAUGACACAACAAAUAUAUCUGCCAUUGCAGAUACAACUUCAAUCACAUCCACAGCGACGUUAGACCACAGACCUUCAACUAGAAGCUCUGUCUUUCACUCAAACAUGGACAGUGCAGACCUUCAUGAGUUUGAUUUCAGUGAAAGCACCAUACUUCCUCCCUCUCCACCUCCUCCUCCUCCACCUCCCUCAUCCACUCCUCUCCUCCUCCCUCCAUCCUCCAACCCCCUCAUCCCUUCCAUCUCUGCCAUCGGCACCAAAAGCCCCACCGCCAGCGAUCACCUCAGUCUGGGCUCAACACUUCAACCUGGAACUCACAGCCUUAGGAGUGUAGACAAGCCAAGGCAUCAUGGUGGUAUUUAUAGUAGACUGACCCAACAGUCUCAGUCCAACCAUGUUACAGGAUCACUCACUGCACAGGCUUCGUCAGAGAGGAGUGUGACCUCUGAGCGAUCUUUCCUGUCUGACCGCUGUAACCUUGGUAACAGCGGCAGUGUUGCGGUGCCCAAAAGGAAAUUGGACAUUCAUUUCCCUGAUCUGAGGAGCUCAGUGUUGCCAGACCUUAGAGGAAGAGAGGGUAAAUACGGCAAAUGUGUUACCAAGGAUCAGAGAAAAGACAAACAUCCAGUUUCCUCCAUUCCUCCAUCAGAACAACAGCAGCAUGAACGCAACAGUACUGACACAAACAAAUCCUAAUAAAAUAUGUCAGUCAUUCAUUUAGCAUUAGCAGUGGCUAAAUAUAGCUAAUGUUUAUGUGGCACUUAGCAAAAAGCCAAAGCAUAUGUAUGUAUGUUCUAGUUACACCUGGUUAUUUGUCAAAUAUUAGACCAAAUAUUGAUUUAAAUACAACAAUGCAACAAUUAUAUUAUUGUAUUUUAUAAUAUUUUUGAACAAGAGACACA